UUUCCGAACCGAAACCUUAGCCCAAUCAUCCCUUCCCAACCUAUUAGGCUCGGAUAGCUUGAUCUAUAAAUAGGCGGCUAUCGCGGUUCACGUACGUAUCGCACGCUUAAUGGUCCAAACGCUUUUUACGCACAGGAACAAACACAGAUAUUUCUCAGAUUAAGAAGGGAGAAGAAAGACAGCUGAAAAGGAUGGCACUAGUUUCAGGAGGAAGGUCGACAUUAAACCCUGAUGCCCCUCUUUUUAUCCCUGCUGCUUACCGUCAAGUGGAGGAUUUCUCCCCUGAAUGGUGGCAAUUGGUUACCAAUUCAACAUGGUACCGAGAUUACUGGCUCAGUCAGCAUCAGGAUGAGGAUGGUUUUUAUGACAAUGCUGAGGAUGAUGAAGGCUUUGAUGGCAAUGAUGUAGUUGAUUUACUACCUGAGACAUUUGAUCUAGACGCCGGUGAAUAUUUCUCGAGUUUGGAAGCUCAAUUUCAUGAGUUUGUGGAUUCUUAUGAAACUGAAGUGGAUGGGUUGGAAGGAGCUGCAGCACCAAAGAAGGAUGUAACAGUAUCAGCAGCAGCAGCAGCGAAGAAUGUUAGUCUGAAAUGCAGCCCUUGAUUCAUUCGCGGUCUUGGCGAUUACUUCAGGUUGCAGUUUAUCCCUCCCACCUGAGUAGACUAGUGUAGCUUAUGCUUUCUGUAACUUCUGUAUAGAGCAAGGUUGCAACUUGUGUCUCUCCUUGUUCAUUCUCAAGUCUUUGUUUUCAAUUAACCAAAGGGAAUCUGUCAGAAAAUGUAAAAAAGAAAUGUAAUUUUAGCAAGAGAAGAAAAAGAAAAAAAUCUUUAUGAAUAUAAUUUGUUUAGCAUUUAUCUCUUAA